AUGGCUGGUGACUUCUUGAGUACUAGGAUGGAGUACUUAUACACUUUAUAUAUCCAGGAGUGGAAGAAUGAGUGGAAGACUUUACUUCUACAGGAGUUUAGUAGAUGGCUGGUAACUCCUGGAGUAUUAGGAUGGAGUACAACUCUAGAGGAUAUUUGGUCAAGGGAAGGAUUACCUGAGAAUGAAGGACGAAUAAUUAUUACCUACAAUGAUGUUCAUACAGACAACAAGGUUUUUUUCCCAGAGGUUUUGGAAAGAUGGGGGAAUGUUGAUGAACCCGAGGAUCUCAGAAGGUACCUGGAGGUGGAGGUGGAAAAUGCCGCAAACAAUUCUAAAUAUCAACCCUGGAAACCAAACUGCCAGCUCACACCAACAGAGUUGGACAUUAUUCUUGGCAGAUGGAGUGGACUAAGAGAAAUGGCGGAUGCAGUCAACAGAAAUGUAACUGGAUGGUGGAGGGAUGAAUGGUAUAACCUACCCUCGACGUACCCUAUUCAUGAUUUUGUCCUCAGCACUGAUAUGAUUGGAGAGAGUAUCAGACGAAAUCUGAGACAGGCAAAGCGACUUAGAUAGAAUAAAUAAUGAUGUCUUUGGUUGAUUUUUGUAUAUUUUGAAUUCUGGAAAUAUAAAAACUUGAAGCAUGA